CCGCUGCCGGCGCAAGUGGUCUCGGGGAAACAUGGCGACCCUCAGGACGUCUGUGUUGUCGUGGAGCCUCCUGAGAGGCUCCCGGGGUUCGGAGCGGCUCUGUUUUCGGGUCCGAACCCAGUCCCGGCCCGAUGCCCUGCUCCAGCCGCUCCCCCCGCUUUUCGAAGUGGGGCUGCCACGCUGCCGGUUCGGCUCCGAGGCGGAAUCUGGUAACUCAGAAAUCAAGAAACCUACAUUUAUGGAUGAGGAAGUUCAAAGCAUACUCAUCAAGAUGACAGGCUUAAACUUGCAGAAGACUUUUAAGCCAGCUAUACAAGAGCUGAAGCCACCAACCUAUAAGCUAAUGACCCAGGCACAGCUGGAAGAGGCUACAAGACGGGCAGUUGAAGCAGCUAAAGUACGAUUAAAAAUGCCACCUGUUUUGGAAGAACGAGCACCAAUAAAUGAUGUGUUAGCUGAAGAUAAGAUUUUGGAAGGAACAGAAACAACCAAGUAUGUGUUUACUGAUAUAUCAUACAGCAUACCACACCGGGAGCGUUUUAUUGUCGUCAGAGAACCAAGUGGCACAUUACGCAAAGCCUCUUGGGAAGAACGGGACCGAAUGAUACAAGUUUAUUUCCCAAAAGAAGGUCGUAGAAUUUUGCCACCAAUAAUUUUCAAGGAAGAAAAUCUUAAGACUAUGUAUAGCCAGGACCGGCAUGUUGAUGUCCUCAAUCUCUGUGUUGCCCAAUUUGAGCCAGAUUCUGCUGAGUAUAUCAAGGUUCAUCACCAGACCUACGAAGAUUUAGAUAAACAUGGAAAGUAUGACCUUUUGCGUUCAACAAGACACUUUGGUGGAAUGGCUUGGUAUUUUGUGAAUAAGAAAAAGAUCGAUGGUUUGCUGAUUGACCAAAUUCAGAGAGAUUUAAUCGAUGAUGCCACCAGCUUGGUCCACCUGUAUCACCUACUCCAUCCAGAUGGCCAGUCAGCUCUAGAGGCCAAAGAUCAGGCUGCUGAGGGAAUAAAUUUAAUUAAGGUCUUUGCAAAAACAGAAGCACAAAAGGGAGCAUAUAUAGAAUUAACACUGCAAACUUACCAAGAAGCAUUCAUUAGCCAUUCUGCAGCUUCCUGAAAUCGUUUUAAAAUACCUUUUACUGACUACGUUUCCCUUUGUUAAUAUUGAACUGAAUGUUUAAAAAUGUGAAGAUUAAAAGGUAUUGAUUUGUAGUUCUUUA